AUGACUCAAAUUCAUCCUCUUGCCAUUAUUUCCAAUGGGGGAAUUUGGACUGUGCAACAGAACAAUAGGACCGAAUCGACGACCACACCGAAAUACGCUUUGUUUCGUCUUCGGAACCUGAGGGGUCCGAUUGAUGAAGUGGCAUUAUGCAACGCCAUAUUGACGUCUCAAGACGCUCGCGAAGAUUUUACCUUCGAAGUGUCCGAUUACGAUGGUACAGCUGCCACUGUCCGAGUUGUCUUUAACAAUACGACACAUGAGAAUUUGGUCCAACGAUUAAGUAUUUAUUCAGAGAUCAGAAAUCUCUCGGAGAAUGGGUUUUAUGAUUGGUUACCGCUUGACUCUGCUACCAUUCAAUGCAUGAAUCCACGUCCGAUGAUAGAAUCCACGCCUUCGUAUGAAGAUCAAUCGAUUCAAAUUGAAACUGUGGAUAGAGCGAUUGAUCAAAUAAGUAGUGAAGAUUACAACGGAAAUAUAUGCUUCACAUCGAUCUUUCCGGGCACCACUCUAACGUCCAGUGAGGACGGUCAAACGAGCAUUCUGUGGGGUGAAUCAUUCAGAAACAUUGCCACGACCAUUAAAAUGCUCUUGGUAGAAUUGGAAGAAGCAAUCGGUAAAACGAUUAUAUCUUUAAGCGCCGGACAAUAUGGCAACCUAAAUGAACACUUCCGAGAUAUGGGGGAGGUGCUUUCUCGUAUACGCCCGUUUGUUGAAAGGGGAAAACGGGAAUUGGAUGAGUUGGUAGAGUAUGUCAAAAAACUUCAAGAAAAGAAAGAUCUCGCAGACAAAAUCUUCAGAGGAGCAGUCAC